AGAGGGAAUCACAGCACUAAUGCCUAAUAACUUACUAGACUCAUUAAAGGUCACAGAGGGAAUCACAGCACUAAUGCCUAAUAACUUACUAGACUCAUUAAAGGUCACAGAGGGAAUCACAGCACUAAUGCCUAAUAACUUACUAGACUCAUUAAAGGUCACAGAGGGAAUCACAGCACUAAUGCCUAAUAACUUACUAGACUCAUUAAAGGUCACAGAGGGAAUCACAGCACUAAUGCCUAAUAACUUACUAGACUCAUUAAAGGUCACAGAGGGAAUCACAGCACUAAUGCCUAAUAACUUACUAGACUCAUUAAAGGUCACAGAGGGAAUCACAGCACUAAUGCCUAAUAACUUACUAGACUCAUUAAAGGUCACAGAGGGAAUCACAGCACUAAUGCCUAAUAACUUACUAGACUCAUUAAAGGUCACAGAGGGAAUCACAGCACUAAUGCCUAAUAACUUACUAGACUCAUUAAAGCUGGAACUAACUGUGAAUCAUAAUUAAAAUCUAGUUAACAUAGUUAAGUAUGUAUUAUGAUUUACAUACACAUUAAUGAUUUGAGAAUAACACAACAUGAGCAUUUAUUGUAUAACAAUCAUUUUGUACUUGAGACGUUCCAUAACAUAAACCUGUUUUAAGGACUUGACUUUCACUAGUGUUUUCAUACAUGGAUAUUAUUGCAUUUGUUUUUCGAAUUGCAUAGUAAUAUAAACUGUUAUGCUUAUGAGCUUCAUCUUUCUAUGACAACAUGAGUUAUACGAACCCAUAAAAACAUGGUUUUAAAGUGGCGUUUCCUUAUUGCCUGCGCUGAUGUCAUUAACACAGGGAUUGUUAUUAGUCAUGGAACUGUUCACUUACA